CCAGUGUAGAAGUAAACUGUAGAAUACUCCUUGUCGUUCUCGUUUCCAAUUAAACUAAACCCUGCUUUGUUUUGGGUUUUGGGUAGCUCCAUUUCUUCCGAGCAGCCUAGAAACCGAGAGGAGGGUUGGGAUUUUCAGAGAGAGAGACAAAAAAAAAUGGUGUGGUGACGUCGGCGGUGGUGAACACGUACCCACUGUCGAGCUACACGUUCGGGACCAAAGAGCCCAAGAUGGAGAAGGAUACCUCCGUCGCUGAUCGCCUCGCUCGAAUGAAAAUCAACUAUAUGAAAGAGGGAAUGAGGACCAGCGUCGAAGCGAUUUUACUGGUACAGGAACAUAAUCAUCCCCACAUACUUCUCCUGCAGAUUGGGAACACAUUCUGCAAACUUCCUGGUGGACGACUCAAGCCAGGAGAGAAUGAAAUUGAGGGGCUGAAAAGAAAGCUGACUAGCAAGCUUGGUGCUAAUUCACCUGCCCUUGUGCCAGACUGGCAGAUAGGAGAGUGUGUGGCUAUCUGGUGGAGGCCAAACUUUGAAACCAUAAUGUAUCCAUAUUGCCCUCCUCACAUAACAAAACCCAAGGAGUGUAAGAAGCUUUUUCUUGUCCACUUAUCUGAGAGAGAGUACUUUGCAGUCCCAAAAAACCUGAAACUUCUUGCAGUUCCAUUGUUUGAACUCUAUGAUAAUGUUCAGAGAUAUGGGCCUGUCAUAUCUACAAUUCCCCAGCAGCUUUCGAGAUUCCAAUUCAACAUGAUCAGUUCAUGAAGCGAGGAAUUUUGAAGUUACCCUGGUUGCACUAUCCAUCAUACUGACGAUCAUAUCUUGAUAUCAUCACAUGGAUGACUAAAACUCAAGACCUGGAUAUUAUUUUGUUACUGAACUUAAGUUGGUUAGUAUGAGAUCCUUCAGUUUAUCCAGAUGACUUAUCUUAGGAUAUUGACCGUCCAUCUAUGUUUGGCCAUUAAUCUUAUUUGCUAAUGCCUUUUGCAUUGCACUUGGAACUUUGUUAAAACCGUGUUUGUAUUGUUCCAGUUCUCGUAGUAGCUAGUGGUAAAAUUGAGAUAUUCUUGUUUCUCAGAAAGAAGAUAUGUUAGUUUCUUAAGACUGGGGAGCGAUACAAUUAGUUGUCACAGGUUCUUUUAAUAUGAGAUUUCGUAGCUGCUUUGGUGUAAUGAUGGGUAGGAGGAGAUGUAUGUUUUUA